CGAGUCCAGACUGCAGACCUCGGAGCCCCGUACCUUCCGUUCGUCCGGGUUAAUAGCCGUCAGGUUCGGCCAGGCAGCGGAGGAGUCGACCUCAAUCCCAGUCCGCUCCCGCCGCGAACCGAAUUCCCCGCCAGCCAGAUUGGAGUACGGUGCGCGAGGUUCCCGAUCUCGCCAUGAAUCCCGAGUAUGAUUAUCUCUUCAAGCUUUUGCUUAUUGGAGACUCAGGUGUUGGCAAGUCAUGCCUUCUCUUAAGAUUUGCAGAUGACUCAUACCUGGAGAGUUAUAUCAGUACCAUUGGAGUUGAUUUUAAAAUACGUACUGUGGAGCAAGAUGGAAAGACUAUGAAGCUGCAAAUUUGGGACACUGCUGGGCAAGAACGUUUCAGAACUAUUACUAGCAGCUACUACCGAGGGGCUCAUGGGAUCAUUAUUGUCUAUGAUGUGACAGACCAAGAUAGCUUCAACAAUGUCAAGCAGUGGUUGAAUGAGAUUGAUCGCUAUGCUAGCGAGAAUGUAAACAAGCUUCUUGUAGGGAACAAAUCUGAUCUCACUGACAAAAAAGUUGUAUCCUAUGAGACAGCGAAGGCAUUUGCUGAUGAGAUUGGCAUCCCAUUCAUGGAAACCAGUGCAAAGAAUGCCUUGAAUGUCGAGCAGGCUUUCAUGGCCAUGUCUGCUUCAAUCAAGGACAGGAUGGCUAGCCAGCCAGCUGCAAACAACGCUCGCCCAGCUACGGUGCAGAUCCGUGGGCAACCUGUUGAGCAGAAGGCAAGCUGUUGCUCUUCUUAGAAAGCACCCAGUGGACACCCUGUUCACGAAUGGGAGUGCAAUCUUGGCCAUGCUCCGUCCAGUACAUGAUUUUACCUAGGUGUACUUGCUACCUUUAUUCCAUUCUUUCUAGUGUACUUCGCUCUUGAAUCAUGGGAUUUGUAACACCGGAAUUUGGAGACACAGUAUCUUCUAAUUCUGUAACUUGGAUGGCUCUGUUAUGUUAAUUUGCAGUUGUUGCUUUGUUAAAAUUUGACAUGUUUCUACUUAAUGAAAAUGGCGUCCAGUAAAUCCUUGA